UGAGACCCCAGUGUCUGUCUCCACACCGGCUGUGGUCCCGCUUCACUCAGGAAAAGAGAGAUUUCUCCAGCAGCGGGGAUCCCCACCUCCGCCUGACAAUAUUUUUUCCUUGACUGCCUCUUGUUUUUACUUUGCACGGAAGUUUUUUUUUAAGAAAGGGGGCGGCUGUUUCCCCCCACCACCGCCUCUCUCUCUCUCUCUCUACGCUCCCCACCCCGCCUUCCCCGAGGAUGAAAUUGUAACAUUUUCUUUCCACACACUUGGCGCUUCUUGAGAGAGUGAGUGGGAAAUGGCGCUAAAUGCGGAGGUCGCCUUCGAGAAUUUGGGCGGAUCUGGACACACGGCCUCGACCAAGGAGCACCAGGAGACCGAGAAACUUCUCAACAUCUCCGAAGCCAACCUAGAGAAUGGCAUCAAAGAGUCCAGCGCGUUCCCCGCCAGCCCUCCGAGCGGCAAGAAGGCGUUGAGCGAGCCGAACGGCCACGGCGUGCCCAGCUUCUCCUCCGAGUCCAUGCCCAAAAUCGGAGUGCCUCCGGCAUCCCCAUCCCGGCUCAGCCUGGGCAGAGCAUCGUCCACGGUCACCACUAGCGGACAGGACCAGACCCCACCCAGAGACUACCUGGUGUUGGCCAUUGUCUCCUGUUUCUGCCCCAUCUGGCCCAUCAACAUCGUGGCGCUGGUCUAUUCUAUCAUGUCCAGAAACAGUUUACAACAAGGUGACGUGGAUGGAGCCAGGAGACUGGGACGUCUCGCCAGAUUAUUGAGUAUUGUAGCAAUAGUCAUGGGGGCCCUCAUCAUAAUCACCUACUGUGUUGUCAACUUUGCAGUUACUGCAUAGAAAACCUGCCACACCUCAAGAGAGUUUUGGAUUAGUUCCUUUGGGACAUAAAGAGAAGUCUGUCUCUUUAUGGAAAACGGCAGUUUAUGAAAUCCAGAACAAGAGGAUCUUCAUCAAAGGCUACCCAGCCUUUCCAAUUUAGCUUAAUGUGCAUCACUUACAACUCUGCAUAAUGAAUGCUGGAAACAACAUUCCUCUUAAUUGACAUCUGGCAACAGAUCUGAAAGCUAUUCAAAGCCAACUCCAGUGAGAUACCUGAAAAUAGACAGCUCUGCAGAAUCCUUCUUGUUAGGAAUGGCACAAGUGCAUGCGCCUGAAAGCGGAGAAACUUGUUGGCAUUUCAGAUAACAUGGUUACAAACCCCUUUCUGUGUUAUUGCACAAAAACUGUCAAGUGCACACUGUGAUUUUUGCCCUCUUUUGUACAAAAAGAAAAGGACAGUGUUGUCUACAGAGCUAAAACCUGCCAAUGGCGAAGGAGGAAAUGUUCAGUGAAAGAAACACAGAAAAGAAGCUAAGUGUUGAAAAGAUUGGAGCGGAGAAUGGAACCAACAUUUAUAUCAUUGGUUACUGGGUAUCAUGAUGUUAGUUUUGGUAAAUAGCACGAUUUUGUACUUUUUAUGAAAAAACACCACUUGCAUGCAGAAUAUGAAUGUGCUGUGAUUGAAUUAUGUGGUUGAGGUAUCUGUGGGUGCAGAUGUAAUGGUCAUGUAGUUCGCUGUUGCAUUAUACCCGUUUUGUGGUUGUAUUUGCCAAAACAAUGAGUGUUACUCAAACAUGAUAGCUCUUUCUGAUUGGUUUUGUCAUUUUCACAGAACAAUUGAUUGUACAGGUACUUGAGAAGUAAUCUCCAAGCCACUGAACCCUUUCCUUGGCAAUUUAUUGUGGUAGUGAUUAAACUUACACAGCAUUCAAGGAACGUGUCAAUUAAAUGUAACUAUUUGUCAUUUCUAAAAAUGUGAUUUUUUUUGGAAGCUGUAGUGUGGCUACAGUCUUUCUUCUUGAUUUCUUUUGAGUAGGGAAUGGUAAAAAUAUGAGUCCUGAAUGUGUGAUAUUUGGAACAUGAACAGGGAAUUAAUUUUUGGUGUGAUUAGAGUUAAAUUCUUUCUCAGUGGCUGAAGACUUUCAAUCAAAUUCAUGAAACACCGUUUGGUUGCACAAAUCAAGUUAAAUAAAUUGUGUAAGUAGAGAAUUUCACAUGGAGUAAAAUCAGAGUUUAUUUCUUUAAUAUUUAGUAAGCAACGUUUGGAGGGGAUUUAAUCGCAACAGUUUGUUAAAGCUUCUGUCCAAAUUGAGAGGAUAAAUUCUUUCACCCCUCCAUUCUUUAAAUGUUACCCCAAGAACGUAAAUGCAUAUUUGCUGUGUUGUUGUAACUGUGUGCAUCUCAAAAUUUCAGCAUGCAACAGGGAGGGUGGGGAAUGACCCUUCUGCAGGACUGGCAAUGCACUUAUUGGUACCACAUUUGGUGGUCUGUAAAUAAAUAUACAUCUACAUCUUUAAUUUUGGACAGUUAGUACAGAGUUAUGGAUGGCUGAUGGUACCACUCACUCCAGGCUCAAAAACAUUUUUAAAAAUUGUCCUUGUAAGAGAUGUGGAUGGUAAACAGGGCUUGAAUGAGACUGAGACUCACUGACAUUAUCAGUGUAGUCUGGUAUCAGCCAUUGCACAGGAUGGUUUAAGAAGAAUAUUCAUUUUUACUUUUAGGUGGCAUUAGUGUUUUGUGUUCACCAGGAGUUUGGUUCAUCAUGCCUUGUUUUUUAUGGGAGGUAAUACAAAGGCCAGCCCCACCCCUUUAAAACAGAUUAAACCAACUGCUUUAAGUUAAUUAAUGCCUCACCAGGUUUGUAUAUGGUGGAAUAUGGGAAGAUUGUGACAUAAUGCCAUUGGACCAAUCAUCCUCAUUUCCUGUGGGCAGAAGUUCAAAUCCCAACUUGGUAGCUGGUGGAAUUUGAAUUGAAUUAAUAAAUUUGGAAUUGUAAAGCUAGUCUCUGUAAUGGUGGCUAUGACAAAUAUUGUUAAUUAUUGUAAAAUCCCAACUGGUUUCACUGAUAUCUUUUAUAGGGAAGGAAAUCUGCCAUCCUUACCUGGUCUAGCUGACAUGUGACUCCAGACCCACAGCAAUGUGAGUGACUCAGAAAUGCCCUCUGAACAGGCCCAGAGAGGCAGUGAGUUCAUUAGCAGUUGGGGAUGGCCAAUGACACAUCCCAUGAAGGAAUAAAGAUAAAAGAGGUUUCCCAAAUAUAUAUUUUGAAUUCAUUAAAUAUCUUAAUAGAAAGUCAACUUGGCCACUUAUUGUAUUUGACACUCAUUUCGAAUCUUAAUGUUUACUUAUUCCAUCUAUUAUUUUCAAUGUUACUCAGAGAUCCAUUAAUGUGUGCAUAUAUCCUCGAGAAUCCAGAUAUAAAAUACACUUUAAGCCUUAAUGGCUGCUUCCCUUGAGUCAAUUCUCUGCAUAUAUUCAGCUGCAUGCAGGAUGUAUUGUAGGCAGCAGGACUAAAGCAUUAAAUAAACAUGACUCACAAAACAUUAUUUCCUGGCAAGCCAGUUAUUUUAUUUUUAAUAUCCUGUUUCUCAAAGAUUCACUAAACGUGUUUUAACAAGCAAAUAAGUAGCCAUACCACAUUUCAUUGAAUUUCAGAUUGACUUGAACCAUAUUUAGGGAGAUUGUUACACUCUGGUCACAUUGCUGAGUGAGAGAAAAGGCUUGUCUGAUUGGUACCCUCCUCCUAUGCACCAAUAACAGUUUCUCAAUUCCUCUAACAAUCAAUUGUCUAGUGGCAUAUUUACUGUAAAUGACUAUAAUCCAAUAGGAGCAAAAAUAAUCAAAUGCAUAGAAUCUUCUACGUUAAAGGCCAUCAUUUCGUAUAUUUAGUAUCUGAUGGGUUCUUUUUCCAUAACCCUACAUUAAAGCUUGCUUGUUAAUUGCCACUCUGAAAUACCAUCCAUAAAUCAGGCACACGUACUAGCCUAGACAACAAGGUGCAGGGCUGGAUGAACAC